AUGGACUUUUGGUCUCGUCUUAUCGGCGGCUCGCGCGCGCUGUCCAACAAAUCCUCCAAGGCCACCUCGCCCACGGAACGGCUGACUGCCUUUAAGCGCGCCUGCAAUGCCCUCCAGCAAAUAUGGCGCUCAACAAAUGUACCUUCUGGCGAACAAUCGGUUGCGCACGCGCGGACGUACGUUGAACGACUCAACUCGAUUCUGAGCGAGGAAGCCCGCGGACCCGCACCGCACCCCUGUGUCGCCUAUGCAGCAUCUUCCCAGGUCUUUGUGACAGUGACCAAGCUCGCCCUAUCCUUCCACGAUGAAGGAGUCAUCCGAUCAGCCACGGUAUUCUUCGACACGCUGAUUGAUGCGGAGGUGGAUGGGGUUGUGGACAACCGACUGUUCGCCCGCGCUAUGGUCGAUCUCGUCCGCCGUGCCGAGAAGACCUCGGAUGAGAUCGAGGGCCGACUCGUUGAAUUGCUAUUUGGUAUUGCAAACAACAUUCGUCUGCAGCCUGGUAUCCUGCCCGCGUGGUUUGUGCCUCGGGUAACACCCAUCGCCCAGGAUAGCGAUUCCCAAGCCCCAAGUGGGACGGAGUUUGCAGGAGCUACGCGGAAGGACGAGUUCCCUCUGUUCUAUCUGCUGGUGGACUACGUUCAUCAUGAAGGACGUGCUGGCGACUUUGCUCGAACGGGGUUGCUCUACCUCAUUGAAACCGCAUCGCGGUCCAAAAAUCUAGAGAAAUGGCUGAUUGAGAGUGACCUGGCUACGCUUAUGGCUACUGGACUGGGCGCACUCUAUAGCCAGCUGGGACACUUGUCUUUUACUCCUACCGCCGAGGACGAUAAUGUCCCUCACAUUGUUGUUUUAUCUGAUCAUGCCAAACAAGAGACCGCUUUGCAGCCAACCUUAGGUCAAACAAUGGAUGCAUUCAUGUCUUAUCUGUUGUUUUGGCAGGAUACAAUCGACCAUUGCAAAUCUGCCGAAGUGAACGACACCUUACUAGACCAUUUCCAGGUCCUGUUUCUGGAGCAACUUUUGUACCCCUCUUUGUUAGAAUCAUCAGAUGUAGCUGGUGGCUCCACAGCAGCGGUGCUGACCUACAUGUGCCGCAUCCUCGACUCGAUCGAUCAAGGCGAAUUGGUUCAUCGAAUCUUACAUUUCUUACUAGCGUCCUCCCCUCAACCCGAGGAGCAACUGGACAUGUCCGCAAGCCGACGGAAAUCACUCAAUGUGCUAGCUGCGUUGGCCUCUGAAGCGGCUCAACCAUCACCGUCACUAUUCAAUCUUCGCGAUUUGGCCCUGCUGGGACUCCAGUCAUCGAACUGCCAGACGGUGUUAGCUACAUUACGCCUUCUGAACACCGUUCUUCAAAGACAUCAUCUAUUCGCACGGGCGCUGAUCCAUACCAUUCCUACUCAGCCUGCAAAUCAGCGCCCCGUUGGCGCUUUGAAUGCCGAGCUAGAGCAACUUUUGGUCAUGGGAACGUCCCUCGUCGAUGACCCCACGCUGAAUGAGUCGUAUGACAACUAUGUUGCAGAUGCGACAUGUGUGCUUGAAUCCCGCUUGUGUCUGCCCGUCUCUUCGAUGGAGGAAGAUGAAGAGACCCUACCCCUACCAUUACAGCUCCAGCAAGACGAUCCAAUAGUGCAGGCCCUUUUCGGGUGCCUGGAAUCUUUCUUUACCAACAGUGUCAUUGUCAACCUAGCAUUAACAGGUGUGUUCAUGAGCCUGGCCUCCUCACAUCUCUUCUCCUUGGACGGGUGGGUGUUGGUUGAUCCCAACCAGUACGAGGCCCCACCCUCUGAAGGAACCGAAGAUGGAUUUGACGACGUUCGUCGGGCAUACCAGGCACCAACUUGGCCUGCUACAGCUGCUCCGACAUUGACAUUAGCGCUCCAACAGCUCGUGAACCAGGUCCGACAAUGGCAACGAGAACUCCCCGACUUCGACGUAUUGGUCGCUGCCCGACGAGAACUCUUGCACCAGGAAGAUCGCCCACAGACGCCGGACCGAUCACGAGAGCCCUCGGAGCAUCCAGCAUCCUCAACGAAUCGCUCGCAUCCGUCAUACCCUGGUUCACCGGAUGCCUCUACCCUAGCUUCCCGUGGCCGGUCUCCGUACUCGGUCAAUUCGCCCCCUAUGUUUUCUAGUCGGGAUCGGGAUGGAUCUUCUGUUCCUUCUGACUCGCGCGGGUCUUUGAAUGCCCGGGCGGUGGCCGCUGAGGCUCUUCGCCAGCGCCUUGCCACGCCGUUUCCGCCUGCACCCGCGGAUCCACAGUCUCCAUCUGCCGAGGAGGGAACAUCGGGCUCAGAAGAGACCAAGGAUGCCCCAAUCGCAACUCUUGGUCAUGUACUGACGAAUGUGGUGAUUCUUUAUGAAUUCCUCCUAGAAUUAUCGGCGGUAGUACAAGUUCGAGGAAGCUUGUUUGAAGAGGCAGGAUAUGACUGUAAUUAA